UUCAACACUCUUCUUAAUAUCACGUUGUAAUAUUUAUUUUUUUGGUUUCUUUGAUUAUAUUCAAGCCUCAUAAUGUCUUCAUGGAAAAAUGCUAAUAAAACAAGAGCCAGGUCGCAUCGAGAAAGGAGCCAGCUGGAGAGCAGGGCCCAUCUUGGUGCGUUAGAAAAGAAGAAAGACUACAAAGUCAGAGCUUUAGACUACCAGAAGAAACAGAACACACUGAAGGUGUUACAGAGAAGAGCACUCGACAAGAAUCCUGAUGAAUUCUAUUUCAAUAUGGUCAAAACAGAAAAGAAGGAUGGUGUUCACCAACUACGAGAGAGCACGGAGCCUGAACACACUGAGGAACAGCUGAAACUGAUGUGUACGCAAGACGAGAGAUAUGUCAACAUGAAACGCUCGUCUGAACUUAAGAAAAUUGAGAAGUUGAAGGCCUCCCUGCACAUGAUCGACAGUAACUCUACUGUUCAGAAUAAACACACCAUAUUUGUGGAUGGGAAAAGACAAGCCAAAAAGUUUGAUGCAGCCAAAUAUUUCAACACCCACCCGGCGCUGGUGGGCCGUAAACAUAACCGACCCACCCUAGAGGCUCUCCAGAGAGGAGACUUUGCCAAUCUAGAUGAUCCGGAAAUAGCGUCUGGUGCUGCCAAACGAGCGAAGAAAUACGAAGAAUUAAAGAAGAGAAUAGAGAGGGAGAGGCAGCUAAGCAUUGUAGCACAGAAAAUGGAGCGGAAAAAACACCUCAUGAAAGACAAAGAUGUGAAGAGAGAGCUGGUAACCGAGGAAACCAAAGAUGCGCCAUCCCAGUACAUGUGGCAGUUCAAGAGAAAACGAUGAAACCAGUCCAGAAAACGAUGAAACCAGUCCUUUAUCAGAAUCAUGUGCCUUUGUCUUUCAAUGGGAACUAGAUAUAGUUGAUUGAUCAGUUUACAUACGGGGGAAUGCGUAACAAUGUCAAUCACAGUGUUCAGCUUGUCCUAUUGAUGAGCCAAUUCAAUUUUCAUAGAUGUUUGGAUUGGUUAAGUUGAAAACCAUUUAAGAAAAUCAAACUUAGAAAUACUAAUAUACUAUUGAGUAUUGUUAUUAAAGAGAUGCAAUGUUUAGCUUGUCCGAUAUAUGAGCUGAUCCAAUUAUGUAGAUGAUGCUUGGAUUGGUUCUGUUUUAAAAUCUGCUUAAGAAAAUCAAACUUAAUAAUACUUAUAUGAUAAAGAGUAAUGUCAGAACCUUGUUAUGUGUAAAUCAGCCAAUAUUGUCCCAUAAUUAAGUUUAAAAAGUUAAUGAGAAUAUAUCUUAUGUUACGCUCAUGUUCAUUUUUGGCUCAGUAUUUUCACCAUUUUACUGUUAAUUUUCACAUUACCUCAUGUCAGAAAGAUGAUUUUUUUAAUUUAAACAAAGUGUUUUUCAUCCAUACAAGUAAUGAUAAAAAAUCCAAAUGUACUAAGGGUAUUUCUUGAUGACAACAGCUCUAGCAAUUUCCACAUGGUCAAGUUUCUUGUAGCAUACAUUUGGCAUGUUUGAAACAUAAUUAAGGUGUAUAUCUUGUUAUAUGUUAUGGUUGACUGAAUGUUGGAAUAAAAUUCACCUAUUACUGUA